GCUCGACGUGCAGCUAGACCAGAAAAACGAAAACCUCCGAAAGACUUUAAAAAUCCCCUAAAAGCAUUAGAACAAAGAGAAAAUAUCAAAUCUAACUAUGAAGAAGUACGUACAAACAAAACGACAGAACAACAAGCCAAUACAAAUUUAACACCAUUUCAACCAUUGUUACGUGCUGUGGAUCCAUCUUUGAAAGUUGGAUUAGAUUUUAAUGCGAAAAAUUCAAUUCUCGCUGAAUCAGCUAAAGCAGGUUUAACAAGCACCGAGGAUAUCAAUGAAGCAAAGAGUAAUUUACGUACAGUUCAAGAUAGACAGUCGUUUCGAUUCUCUUCAUCUGGACGACUUUUACCAUACAAGUCACCAAUGCUGUUACAUAUAAAAGGUCGACGACAUGUUCAAGUGCGUUUAGUUGCACCAUCAGCUAAAUCUAUGAAUUCUGGAGAUUGUUUCAUCCUUAUCACAACAAAUGAUGUCUUCGCUUGGUUCGGUGAAUCGGCUAACAUCGUUGAAGUGAAUAAAACUCGUGAAUUGGCUUCAUGGAUUUAUAAAAAGCAUGAAUUAUCAUAUCAUGGAAGUUUAAGCGAAUCUGUGCCUAACACAAGUGAUGGUUAUAUUUCAGUACAUGAGAAUGCAAAUGCCAUUGAAGAUGAUGCGGAGUUAGAUAAUGAAAGUUAUGUAGUUAUCAGUGACAAUGUAAAUCGAUCAUACUCUGCAACUUUGAAAUUUUGGAAAACUUUAGGAUAUGAUUCACCACAAAAAGUUCAUCCCGCUGGCCCACCUGAAGAAGAUGAACGUUAUGAACUGAUGAUUCAGCGUACAAAUCGAGUGUAUCGUGUAACACCGAAUGAAUUAGUACCGUGUGAAGAGUAUUGGGGUAAUCCAGUCAAGUAUAAGAUUCUACAAUCAGAUCAGGCAUUUGUUUUCGAUUUUGGCUCUGAAAUGUAUUUAUGGACAGGUAAACAAAUCACAUCAGAACUACGUCAAGCUGGUAUUGAAUUAGCCCAGAAAGCCUAUAAUAUGAAUUAUGAUUUUCGUCAAUGUCAAGUGAAUCCAUUGGAUCCAAUGAAUUCUCACAACAGUGAUAUACUGGCUUCUGGAAGUAAACGACCCGAUUGGACUAUAUUAGGUAAAGUAACAGACAAGGGUGAAACUGUUCUAUUUAAAGAGAAAUUCUUUGACUGGCCUGAUACUUCACGUGUUCAACUGAAGUCAUUAAAACCAGGAAAAUCAGCUUCUAUGGAGAGUUCACCUGCCGUCGCUUCAUUAGCAAUGGAACCGUAUUCAGCUGUUGAAUUGUAUGACAGCGCAAUCAAUAAUCCACCUCCACCUCCAAACUUACUGACUCUUGAAGGACGUUAUGUUGGUCGAGGUGGUAGAGUAUGCCGUUAUGAAGAUGGUAUCCUACGACAAUUUUGUGUAGAAACAGUUGAACUACGUGUAUGGCAUGUAUCUGAAUUUGCUAGAUUUGAAAUGCCUAUAACAAGUCAUGGACAAUUUCAUAAAGAAAAUACUUAUGUUAUCCGAUGGUCGUAUAGAAUAGCUCAUAAUAAUGCACGAAAUGGCAAUAAGCGUAAUAGUGAAAAUACUCGAGAACAUUGUGCUUAUUUCUUUUGGCAAGGAUCACAGAGUAAAAUCACGGAAAAAGGCGCAGCAGCUUUAAUGACUAUUGAAUUAGACGAGGAAAGAGGUCCACAGAUCAGAGUAAUAGAAGGAAAGGAACCGCCAGUAUUUUGUCACCUAUUCAAUGGUAGAAUGAUUGUACACGAUGGAAAGAGAACAACACCAAAACAUCCUAGUCCACGUAUGUUUAUUGUUCGUGGUGAAGUAAUGCAAGAAGGUCAUUUGAUUGAAGUUCCAGUCUCAUUGAGUUCAUUACGUCCACAAGGUGUAUUAUUUUUAAUCCAAUGUAAAAAGCUACUGGCUAGCACAGAUUCACCACAAAUUAUGAAAGCUUACUGCUGGAUUGGUCAUUUAGUCCCAGAGGCUAAUUUAAUCACUGCAAGAUAUGUUCUUAGUCAAUUAAAGAAAUGCUGUCCAUCGGAACUUGGUACAGAUUUAGGCGAUAUUUUUGAAAUUCACCAGAAUGAUAGAAAUGAAUUGUCCAAAGAAUUUUUGAAUAUUCUACAGUCAGAGGAUCAAAUCUCAGUUCCAUUGUGUCUGGAUGCAAUUAAGGCUCACAGUCGACUAGCUAUCUGGCAGUUCACCCAUCAUCGAGGACGUAAAUUAGGCGUUGAACGAUUGAAUUAUGCUCUUCAACCAGAUCCUUCAAGUUUACCACUGGAUGAUAAUACGUCAACAGCAAUAACUGGUGAAGGUAUCACUGAAAGAUUAUUAGCUACAAAAAACUUAGUUACCAGUCAAUUAUCUAAAGCUCCAAUAGAACCAGCAUUUCCAUUUCUACUUGGUGAUCUUUAUUGUACACCACAGCCGUCCUUAUUUUUGAUCGUAUCCGGUCUGCCAGCUGUUUAUAUUUGGCAAGGAUGGUGGCCUGUCUCUGGAAUGACAAAAUCUCGAUUUAUGUCACAAAAAUUACUGAGAUCAUCAUCCACGUAUAGUAGAUCUUCAUCAACAGCUGGAGAAUUUAAAAAUGAUGAUUCUAUGUGGAGUACAUCUUUUGAUGAUUAUUAUGAUCAAAAUUCACCAGUAUCAGUAGAUAGUUCAAUGGAUCUAGAUGAUAAUAAACCACCUGCAACAACAGGGACAGGUCGUGCACGUUUUUUUGCUGUGCGUAAAGCUGCAAUGCAUACGGCUAAAGCGCUGGCAGAUAAACUGAAUACAAAAGCCUAUUUAAUUUAUGCUGGAUUAGAACCUCCGGAGUUUUUGGCCUUAUUCCCACCGUAUGAUCGAGUUACUGAUUCAGUAGCUUAUCAUCAAUUUGAGGAGGGCAAAACAGAUGGUCAAAAAGAUUUAGUUGAUAAUCUAUUAGAAUCGUAUAGUUCAGCUGCGUAUACAUUAAGUGAUUUGCAACAACGUCCUCUACCACCAGAAUUGGAUGCAACCUGUUUAGAAACUUAUUUGGACGAUAAAACUUUCCAGGCUGUAUUUUCAAUGUCUAGAGAAGAAUUUGCAAAAUUACCCAUGUGGAAACAGACAGAAUUGAAAAAACCAUUAGGAUUAUUUUAAUCAGGAUCACUUCUCUCUCUCUCCCUGUGUGUGUAAGUGCUGUUCACAUCAAAACAAUCCCUACAAUGAAACACUCAGAUACACAUGCAUACAAAAGCGCACCGACACACACACAUACGCAUGUGCCCAAACAGAGAGAUGUAUCCUUCAGAAGUAUUUCCCUCCUUUCUCUUUGAUCCAUCUUGAUCAAAGCAUCCAGUCGUUUGUUUGUUUGUUUGUUGAAAUAAAGAAAACGAAAAAUAUCAACGCCCAUCAUCAAUAACAAUUUGAUGACAGCAAUUCACUUCAGAAAUGCAUAUCAUUCAGAUAUAUACAGAUUUAUAAACACAUAAAUAUACAUCACACACAUAUAUAAACCUACGAAUAUGAGAUCAGUAAAUCCCCCGGAAAUGAUCAAUCAGCGUGAUUUUUGUUGUUAAAGAGCGCUUCCAGCUCCUUGUCACAUUAAAUAUCCCUCUGGAAUGUCAUAAAACCACUUUUCUUCACACUAAGAAUAUUGACAAGCACAGCCCCCACCCCCUAUUCAUCACAGUAAUAAACUGCACAUAUACAAAUAUGUAAUUCAUAAUUUAUUUUAUGGUAUCUGGUUAGAAAAGAGUCUUUGGAGACUGACUGAUUGCAAUGUGUAUGAACUGUUUUAUUGCACUAUUUUUUUAUACGGAUAUAUGGAAAUAAAAUGAAGAUGAAGAGAUAUUAACGCAAUCCCACUAUUACUAUUAUUAUUAAUACUACUAACACUACUACUAAGGCGGUCAGUAGUGUCAUCCAUUGUCAUUGACUUUCAUGUCAUACUCAAAUCCUAAGCUUAUUGACUUUCUUCUCCUGUUAUUUUUUGAUAUUGUUCAUCAUGAUGUGUAAGUGCCUUCAUGUGUGUAAAGUGUGCCUGGUCGUAUUAUUAUCACUAUUAUUGUGAUUUCUAUGCAUACUGUACAAACCAAUACAUCUUGGAUGGGAUGGGAGGGGAGGAACCGACAAUUCACUGUGGAUUGAUUCUUAUAAGAGACGUUGUACUCCUCUGCCCUGUCUCCCUCCUCCUCAUCCCGACUACUCUACAUCACUCACUGAUAAUGAAAGUAUAGUUGAGGGGUGUAAUUUUUGACUUAUAUAGAUAACUGAUAUAUUAUUAUUACUUUUAUUAUUAUUAUUAUUAACUGUCUUUCAUCGUAUAAUGUGCAUAACAGUAUGGAUAGAUUAAACAUCACAAUGAGAAUAAAUACAUUCAUUUAUUUACUUACUUACUGUUUGCUGUGUUCCUUUGUAUUUAUUUAAUGUUUUAUUUUCACUGCUUCUACAAAAAUGACAUUGAGAACCCUCUCGCCCUCCCCCCCCCCCCCGACCGAAAUACACUCACACAUAAACUAAGUUUGUCAGUUGUUAUCUGCAGUUUCUACUAAUAGCUGCCAUUAUUAUUAUUGUUGUCGUUAUGAUAAACAUUGCUUGUGUCUUUUUUAACCUUUUGAGUGUCAUAAUCUCUUCUGUCUCUCUCUCUCUAUCUUGUUCGAUCGAUAUUUUCUGUGUUAUUUUAUAUGUACUUGAACUGAGUUACCCUUUUGUCUUUUUGUUUGUUUGUUUUUCCACAUAAAACAUAUUUACAUUAUACAUAUAUAUAAUGAUAA